AUGGCGCUAGUAUACUUUUCGGGUGGCUAUGGUGUGGGUUGUCGCAAGUUCCUUGGAAUGCAUCAUCGAUUUCUGCCGUGUGGUGGGCGGGUGGGCUUUUCCAUCAUCGGGAGAAAUCCCUUCCGUGCGAGCUUAGCCGUUGCUCCGGCCUUCUAUUAA